GCUUGGCAUGGCUAACUACUACGAAGUGCUGGGGGUACAGUCAAGCGCCUCCCCAGAGGACAUCAAGAAGGCCUACCGCAAGCUGGCCUUGCGCUGGCACCCCGACAAGAACCCUGACAACAAGGAGGAGGCUGAGAAGAAGUUCAAGCAGGUGUCUGAGGCCUAUGAGGUCCUGUCCGACUCCAAGAAGCGCUCUGUGUAUGACCGCGCAGGCUGUGACAGCUGGCGGGCUGGCGGGGGGGCCAGCACCCCCUACAACAGCCCCUUUGAUACCGGCUACACCUUCCGUAACCCGGAGGACAUCUUUCGUGAGUUUUUCGGUGGCUUAGACCCCUUCUCCUUUGACUUCUGGGACACCCCGUUCAACAGCGAUCGUGUUGGCCGGGGCCAUGGCCUGAGGGGGGCCUUCUCGGCCGGCUUCGGCGAGUUCCCGGCCUUCAUGGAAGCCUUCUCAUCCUUCGACGCCCUGGGUCGCAGCGGGGGCAGCCGCACCACCUUCUCCUCCACCUCCUUUGGGGGCUCUGGCUCUGGCAGCUCGGGGUUCAAGUCGGUGAUGUCAUCCACUGAGAUGAUCAAUGGACACAAGGUCACCACCAAGCGCAUCGUGGAGAAUGGGCAGGAGCGCGUGGAGGUGGAGGAGGACGGGCAGCUCAAGUCGGUGACCAUUAAUGGCAAAGAGCAGCUCAAGCGGGUGGACAGCAAGUAAGAGCUGACCACCCGGGUCUUACCUUCCUGUUGCUGCCAC